AAUGAAUCUCUUUGGUUAAGGCUCUUCAGGACCAUAACCUGAAAGUUAUGAAAUUAAUGGUUAAGAAUAUCAUGAAUUAAAUUUAAUUGCUGAAGGAGGUUAUGGAUUUAUUUGGAGAGCUAUAGAAACUAAAACUAGAAAAUUUUGUGUUAUUAAGAAAAUUAUUUGUCAAAGCAAAGAAGCUAUUGAAUAAGCUUAAUAAGAAUUAGAUUUACAUGUAAUAAUUCUUAUUUUAUAUAAAAUCAGAGAAAACUUCAACAUCCUAACAUUGUUAAAUGCUAUAAUGGUGUUAUCAAAUUUAAUAAAAAAUUAAAUCAAACUAUUGCUUAUAUGGUUUUAGAAUUAUGUGAAGGUGGAACAUUGAUUGAUUUACUCAAAAGGUACAAUGAAAAAAGAUUGAGUGAAUAAUAAAUACUCUUAGUCUUAAAAGUUAUAUUUAAUAUUAUCAUAGUAAUUAGUCUAAGCAAUCAAACACCUUCAUACUUAAAAACCUCCAAUUACUCAUAGAGAUUUGAAAGUAGAAAAUGUCCUAUUGCAUAAUAAAGUAUUCAAAAUAUGUGAUUUUGGCUCUGCCAGCACUGAAAAAAUUGAUUUGAAGUAUAUAUUUAAUUGAUCUAGUUCAUCAAAUAAACAACAGAUUUCUUAAUACGAAGAAAAUUUUGCAAAAUACACAACUGAAGUUUAUAGACCUCCUGAAAUGACUGAUUUAUAUUUAAAGUAUGAUAUCAAUGAAAAAGUUGAUAUUUGGAUGCUUGGAUGCAUUUUAUAUACAAUGUGCUUUUACAAUUCACCAUUUUAAGAAUCUUCUAAAUUAGCUAUUGUAGAAGCCUCUUAUAUUAUUCCAAAAGAUAAUAAAGUAUUGUUCUAAAUUAGUUUAUUAGUAUUCAAAAAAAAUGAUAGAUUUAAUUGGUAUAAUGCUUCAACCUAAUCCAAAAGACAGAGCAUCAAUCUUUGAAAUAGAAGAAAUUUUGAAUAAUUAUGACACUCUUACUUAAAUAGUAAUUAAAUAUAUUAAUAUUUAGCAAAAUAAAAAUAUUCAAGAUGAUGAUUUUGGUGAAUUUUAAGCAGGUGAUCAAAAACCAUAAGAAUAAUAAUAAAAGUCUGUAUAAUAUGAUGAUUCAUUAAUUUGAUAUUGUGUACAUUUCAU